AUGGCCGCCGCCGCCACGGGGCCCGGCGGAUUUUUCUGCGGCGGCUCCUGGACCCCGCCCCUCUCGAUCUUCUCCGGCGUCGCUGCCGGGGGCGCCGUGCGGCGCGACUUGGGGCCCUUGCCGCAGUGGCCUACCAAGCUGAAAGUGAUCGCCGACGGUACUGACGAGUGGGGGUUCCGGCGCAUCGUCCUGAGAAGCGGCGGCACGGCGCACGUGGUCCUGAGCUCGGCCGACGGGCAGGGGCUCGGCGACAACCAGUAUUGGGUCGGCACCAAGGCGGGCCGGCUGCAGGAGUACAGCGUCCCGUCGUUCUCGGGGCCACCGCGGGGCUGCGGUGGCGGCAACUGCACGCCGAGGGCCAAGAGCGCGGAGGCAUGGACCGCCAGCCGGACCGAGGGGAAGUGCAGCGAGACCGCCGACAGCCACGGGAAGUGCUCGGAGAGCGUGAUGUGGGCCAUGAGCCACGGCAUUUGGGAGCACCCGGAGUGGUACCCGGGCCUCGCCGCCACGAGCAGCUUCGAGCAGUUCCAGGCGCUGCUGCACGCGCAGGGCCACGGGGGCUGCCCCAGGGUGGUGUCGCUGCCUCUGGCGCGGGUUCAGAUGUCUGGAGAGUUUGAGUCGGAGGCGGACUCGGUUGGGCGUGCUCGCAGGCUGCGGCCUGCGGCUGAGCGUUGCUACUGGAUCGUGACGCCGCGGGCCGCGCGCGCGGGGCCGGCCGCCCCCGCGACGCAGGCCUUCCUCGCUGCGUGGCUGGAUGAGCUGUCCGCGAUGGGCGCCCUGCGCUUCUGCGCCGCGUGCAGGAGCGCGCGCGAGGCCCUCGGCGCGGACGGGGCGGCCGCGGCAGCGUUCGCGGUGACGCGCCCCUGGAGGGCGAACCUGGCAGGCAGCUUGCGCCUGUGGCGCAGGGCGUGGGAAGCCCGUUCCAACGCUUCGUGCGCGCUCGGCCUGCGCGGCGGGGCCUGGCUCAAGACGGUAAUCGCCGCCCUCCUCGUCUCUGGCAAGGGCGCUAGGAUCGACCCAUUGAACGGUUCCUGCGAGAUGGAAUUGCAGAUGCUCGUUCUUUUCGAAGACUCGCAGUUUGGUGCUGCGAUCGUCGCCCCUUGGCGGACCGGCCAGAUGCAGCUGGCUCCCAACCCGCUAGACGUGUGCAACACAGUCCUCGCCGACGGUUUCGACAUAUGCCUUUUAGUCCCUCAGGCCCAGGGCGGGCGCGAGAUCGCCUUGGAAGGGGUGCUGACGAGGUCGGCGCUGAGGGCGCUGACGGAAUGGAUGCUGACGAGGUUAACUCACGAGUGA